AUGGGCUCCGUAGUCCUCCCCCACCUCCGUACAGGCUGGCACGUCGACCAAGCGAUCCUCAGCGAAGAAGACCGCCUCGUCCUCAUCCGCUUCGGGCGCGACUCGGACCCAGACUGCAUGCAACAAGACGAAGUCCUCUACAAGAUCGCCGACCGAGUCAAGAACUUCUGCGCCAUCUACCUCUGCGACCUCGACGAAGUCCCCGAUUUCAAAGCCAUGUACGAGCUCUACGACCCAUGUACCGUCAUGUUCUUCUUCCGCAAUAAACACAUGAUGUGCGAUUUCGGGACAGGAAAUAAUAACAAGCUGAAUUGGGUGUUGGAGGAUAAGCAGGAGUUUAUUGAUAUUAUUGAGACGGUUUAUCGGGGCGCGAAGAAGGGGCGGGCGAUGGAGUCCUCAAAAACAGAGCGCUCCCGCUCUCGCUCCCCACGAAGAUCCCCCGGUCCGCGCAAGCCCAAAAACUUCAGCGGCCUAAAGUACAAAGGCGACCGCGACCGCCGCGACCCAGACAGACGACGCGACGAUCGCGACCGAGAGCGACGACCACGAGACUCAGACCGCGAUCGCGAUCGCCGACGCGAUGGCUCCAGAGAACGCGACCGCCGUCCUCGAGACAACUCCCGCGAGCGCAGACGAGACGGAAGCCGCGACCGGCGCCGCCGUUCCCGCUCUCGCGACCGCAAACCACGAGACAGCGACCGCGACAGCAAACCCAAAGAGAAGAAACCUGCAGCCGCUCCUGCGGCACCUUCCGAGCACAUGAUUCUCGUCACUAUCAAUGACCGUCUGGGAACGAAAACACAAGUGCCGUGCCUGCCCAGCGACCCUAUCAAGCUGUUGAAGGCCAUGGUGGCAGCCAAGAUUGGCAGACCGGUACAUGAGAUUAUGCUCAAGAGGCAGGGGGAGAGGCCGUUUCAUGAUAAUUUGACGUGUGAGGAUUAUGCUAUUAGCAAUGGCGUGCAGAUCGAUUUGGAGUUGAAUACUGGGGAUUAA